AUGUUGGAAGCUUUGUUCUCGUUGGAGGGGAUAAAAGAGGUUAAUUUGGAGAAUUUUGUCAAUAAAUUCUAUAGGCAGACAGUUCUCCCUAAAGCGGUAACCGCUUCCUUUAUUUCUUUUACCCCUAAGACAAAUAAUCCUCAAUCUCUCAACGAUUAUAGGCAUAUUUAUCUUAUUGGGAGUCUUUACUAUAUUCUUUCAAAAUUGCUAGCUUCGAGGCUUAAAAAGGCGCUGCCCAAGUUAAUUUCCAGUUCUCAAACAACUUUUCUUCUUAUGAGGCUAAUGGUAGAUGUGGUUUUGAGCUAUGAUGCGGCGAAUUUUGGCUCCAAAUGGUUGGCCUGGAUGGAAGGCCUUGUUUUCAAUAGUUUCAUGUCGACUUUGGAGAAUGGUAGUCCCAUAAAGAAUUUCUCGGCUUCUAGAGGUUUACGUCAAGGUGACCCCUUAUCCAUGUUUCUUUUUAUUAUAGCGGAAGGCCUUUCGGGGAUGUUAGGUAAAGCAAGGUCAUUAGGUGAGUAUCAAGGGUUUCGUUUGGAUAGAAAUAUUCAGUUUGAUCUUCUACAGUUUGCGGAUGACACAAUUAUCGUUGGUGAUGGUUCUUAG